AUGAGCGAAGAAGUACAUAAACCCCGCCUCCGUGGGCUGGCUUUGAUCCCCGAUUCGAAAAGGAUCACCUUCGUCCUUCCUGUAAACAAGAGCUCGGCAUCAACUAUUGCAGAAGAGCGUCAAACGAAAGAAGUAGCCGAGAAGCUUACAGGGGCGGAGGCGCGUGGUUUUUACGAGUCUCUCCUGGAGGAAACUGAAGACAUUAAGCCGUCGACUAGCGCCUUCAAAAUACCAGCAGUUCCAAAUCGACGCCCAAAACGAAUCGCGGGUAGCAGCGUACAGACUGUCCGAAAUCCGGAGAGGAAUUUCACGGAGAGAGAUAUCCACCUAUUUCUACGGACCGCUGAAGAAGGGAAUACGGAGGAAGUGAAACGCUUUCUAGAAUCGGGAGCACCCAUUGACUGCACGGAUGGAUAUGGGUGGACGGCUCUGAUGUGCGCUUCUUUCGCCGGCCAUAUAGAGACGGCCAAGUUGUUAUUCAAUUAUGGUGCUGAUCUUUCUGCCCGGAACUCGCAACAUCAAAGUGCAUUUGAUCUGGCAGCUUCUAAGAAGAGACGCGACAUUUUGAAGUUGCUGAUAGGCAUCGAAGAAAAUGUUGCACGGGAGAAGCAGCAAAAGAAGACGGUUGGCUAUUGCCAAGUGUGCAAAUCGGAAUAUCAGGGAUCGGAGGUCGAUCACCUAACGAAGACUUCGCACCUGCUGAAUGUCGGAGAAACAGGGGAUCGACACCCUGGAUAUGGUAUCCCGGAGACUAACGUCGGAUACAAACUGAUGAAGCGCAACGGCUGGGACGAAUUUCGGGGGCUGGGACGCGAAGAGGAGGGCAAACGCUUCCCGAUUCGCACGAUCCUGAAACGAGAUCGUAGCGGGCUCGGCACAGGCAAAGACAAACCACGCGUUACACAUUUUCGGCCGCAUGAUACGCGCGCGGUGGCCAACGUCAAAGAACGAAAAGUCGAAAAAAUGACACGGCGAGAUAUUGCGAAGAAGCACCAGAAAGAGAAGGAAUUUGACCUGCAAUUUCGCGAGAGUUUCAGAUACGAUUUCGAGGAUUUCAUGGACGACUACGGGUGUCGCGUCUGUAACGAGAGAUACGACGCUGAAGAUGAGAAGCGGAUACCGCGCGUUUUGACGGGCUGCGGUCAUACGAUCUGCCAGGGCUGUGCGCAGGCGAUUGCGCAGGCCGGAAGUCCCUCCAUCACAUGUCCCUUUGAUCGGAUUCCCACGACGCUCCCCGAUGGCACAAUCAUGACGUUAAAGAAAAAUUUUGCGCUGAUCGAGCUGAUGGAGCGUGUGACUUACGCGGAUCACGGAUCCGAUGGGCUUGAGCGUCACAUGCGUGCCAAGAAAAGUGGCUUGGAUUGUGACGAGGAUUCCUCGCACCCGGCCGAUGUCUAUUGUGUUGUGUGUGAAAGCAACUUGUGCGAAAAGUGCUCGCAAGCGACCCAUUCGACGGUUACCCUUUCUAAACACCGAAGAGUUCCACUUUCGGAAAAACCUCCUCCUCCACAGCACUGUCGACAUCACACCUCACAUACUGUUGAAUUUGUUUGCAAGGAAGAAGAAUGUGAAGGAACAGAACGGCUGAUGUGUUUACUGUGUCGUGACUAUGGUAUCCACGAAGGUCAUGCGCACGAAUUGUUACAGCGCGAGGCUGAUUUGAUGAAACAGAAGCUGCAAAAAAUAAUUGCCGAGUUGACAAAACAGCGAGACGAGCUAAGCAGUUGGAUUGUUUCCGUAAAUAGCUCAAUCACCGCCCUUUACGACGGCGACACCACGGAACAGACGAGAACUGCGAUUGCCCGUCACUUCGAGCGCAUACGAGAAGAGGUCGAUAAAGCGGAAGUUGAGGCCAUCAAGACGCUGGACAACUAUUUACAGGAUCGGCGUGACGCAUUGAAACACCAAUUGAACACAUAUCGACAGCUGUCAAAUAAGCUCGGGGGCGCUUGUUUGGAAUUGCAAAGGUCGAUAAUCAGCGCAAGCUCAGAAUUGGUCACCAAGCGCGAGGAUUUGCUGGCUUUGACCGAAAGCGCAAAGGCUGAGCGUGUUCAGGCCCCAGAUGAUGGGCUCCUGUCGACGCUGAUCCCAUACACCAUCUCAAAAGAUAACCGGCUCCACCUCGGCCACUUCAUCGAUGCGUGUGUGGUGCUACUUGGGCUUGAUGGGGCUGGGAAGACUACGAUAACAUCCCGCUGGAAGCGCUGUGAGCCCCUUCCACCCCCACCAACCCUUGGCUUCAACAUCGAGACGGUUCAUCACAAAAACUUCCGGCUAAACUUUUGGGAUGUCGGCGGUCUGCCGAAGCUGCGUCCCUUUUGGAAGCAUUAUUACUCGGGCAAACAGGCAUUAAUUUAUUUGAUCGACGGGUCGGCUAUGGAGCGCUACGAUGAAUCUGUCAAGGAAUUGCAUAAAAUCGUCUCCAACCCAAGCAUCCAAUGCCCGAUUCUUGUCGUUAUCAACGAGCGUCGUGUCGAGCCUGUCGGUGCAAGAGAACUGGAUAAGCUGUCGAGAGAUCUAUCAGGAGUUCCGCAUCUCCUAAAGAUCCACCACUGUGAUGCACUGCUCGGCUCUGGCGUGGAUGAGGUGCUCGACUCGCUGUGCAGCCUGAUCAACGACUACGCCAAUUGUCAU